AUGAUCGGGUUUGAGCAUACAGUAUUUGAUUUAGCUUACAAAGGAUUUUUCGAUGAAAUUAAACGAAAAGUUGAAGACAAUCGAGAUGUGGUUUUUUCUAAGGAUUCUAAUGAAAGACUUCUUAUACAUUGGGCAUCGCUCGGGGGUUUUCCACAAAUUGUUAAAUAUUUAAUAGAAAUGAAUUCUCCUGUUGAUUCUCCUGAUGAUAUAGGUAUGACACCUUUAAUUUUAGCAUCAUCUGCUAAUAAACUACAAGUUGUAGAGUUAUUAAUCGAAAAGGGUGCUAAUGUUAACAGUCAAAAUAAUGAAGGGCAUUCAUCAAUUCAAUAUGCGGCAUCUAAAGGAUGGAAACAGAUUUUGGAAUUACUAAUAAAAAAUGGUGCUGAUGUUAACAUAAUGGAUAAAAGACGAGCAACACCCUUACACAGAGCUGCUUCAAAAGGAGAUGUUGGAAUUAUUAAUCUGUUGUUAAGUUUAGGAAAAAAUUUGGAUAUUAAUGUUUCCGAUGUUUAUGGCAACACUCCAUUACAUUUAGCAUGUGAAGGAAAUAAUUUUGAAGCUGCUAAAAUAUUAAUACAAAAAGGUGCACAAAUUGAUGUUAAAAACAAAGAAGAAAAAACACCUUUAGAAUUAGCUUCAUUCGAAGUUCAAAAAAUGCUUAAGAAAGUUAUCGAAGAAAAAUAA